AUGCUCGCACCCCGCACCAUCCACACCCACCGCACAUACACCCACCACACCACCUCCAAGAAGAAUAUCGAAAAUGCCCACGCCCUGCCCUCGAAAACGCCCUCAAGAACGGGUGGAAAGCAGCUGCUGGGGCCCUCGACGGGGGUGAGGAUGGGUCUUGGCGUCAAGACGGAGGGGAGGGAUGGGAAUGUGCUGGGAGGGCAGUCGAGGGGUGAGGGCGGGAAGGGGAAGGGGGGAGCGGAGGAUAUCGAACCCAAACGGCUCUUCACCAACGCCCCCAAAUCCUCCAUCCCUCCCUCCAAAUCCUUGUCCUCUAUGCCCCCCAUCCCCGCUCUCCCCACCCGCACCCCCGCCCCAAGCCGUCAAGCAGCCCCCUCCCAAACCCUCCGCACGCCCGCACCUUCAUUCCACCUCACCUCCCAGCCUCUGCCCGCGCCUACGCCUUUACCUAGUGCCACACGGACGCGGAGGAGAUCGAGGCAGUCGUUGAGCAAUGUUCAGCUUACACCGAACAAGAGCCAAGUCGAUGAGGGCAAGCCUAGGCAAGAGUUUGUCACGCCUGCGCCGGUUAGGUGGGAAGAAGAGCUUUCGUUGGGGAGUAUUGAGGUCGAGCAGGAAGGGUUGGAGUUGGUACAAGAGGAAGAAGAGGAUGGAGAGCCCGAGUAUAUGCCUCCGCCUGUACAAGAACUGCCAUACGACCCAGGAUGGCAAGUCCCAGACUUUGAACAACUCUUCUCCAAGCUCGCUGCCAUGCCGUCCAUCGGAAUCUCUGGCUACGAACCUCUCCCGCCGCCCCCUCUUGUGCUGCAGAGCGACGUUGUUGACAGACUGUGCUCUUCUGGCGAUGACGACUUGGAAGAAGAUUACCUCAAGACAAAACCCGUCCCAGCUCAGCGCCCUGCGCCGUCGCGGGGGGUACCAUCUCGUGCACCUUCAGUACCAUCCCGAGCACCCACACGCUCCACUAUUCCCUCCCGCCUUGGCGCUCCCACCCCAGCGCCCGCCCCUAGACUCCCUGCUCGAACUACCACAAAACCUCCAAUCCCCAUCUCCCGUCCUCCUCCUAUAGUACCUCGUCCCCCGGCCAUCAGGCCUACCUCUCGCACGACCACUGUUGCCGGGCCAAAGACACCAUCUACUCUGUCUUCACGCGCUGGAAGCAGGCUGGGGGUGCCGCGGGCGAAGCCUGUCAAGAGUGAGGAUGAGAAGAAGCUGGAAGAGAUGGACUGUGCUAUUUAUGAGGGAUGGACGGGUGCUAGUGUGGAAGCGUUUGAGCUCAACAUGGACUUUUGA